GACACUCAUCCAUCAUCAUCACCGUCUGCUUCUUUGCCCUUGUUGUAUCGGACGGAAAUAAGUUUGGAUUGGAUAGCGACGCUCCGAACUCAACCGACCGGAAACAGCUGCCGGAGCUGUCACGUGCCGCCAAAAAUAGUGAUAAACUCUUCCAGCUAGGUACUUGCUCCUGACUAAUUUUGAAUGAAUGGAUAUGAGGAUUUCAUCAGUAACGUGCAAUUCAAGCGUGAUUAGAUUCGGUGGCUUACUUCAGAAAACAUUUCCUAGGAGAAUAAAAUAUGGAAAAGAUAAUUUUAGAAAAAAUCUAUCCAUAUGUACUACCUCACCAGCAUCAUCGUCAACAACAACUUCGUUAGCUGUUAAAUCCGCAAGAUGUACAGCAUUUGCUUCACCCGCUGAUGUUCCGCAACGUUCAGACGAGUGGUUUGCCCUUCGUAAGGACAAACUAACAACAAGCACGUUCAGUACUGCAUUAGGGUUUUGGAAAGGUACUCGCCGUUCUGAGUUAUGGCAUGAGAAAGUAUUUGCAUCAGAAUCACAAAUCAUUCAAGCUGCUCAAAGAAAUGCAAUGGCAUGGGGAAUGCUCAAUGAGUCGGUAGCUGUUGAAAAGUAUACGAAAAUCACCGGUCGUGAGGUGACUACAAUGGGUUUUGCAGUUCAUUCAAAGCAGUCUUAUGAUUGGCUUGGUGCCUCGCCUGAUGGUAUUCUCGGCACUGGAAUAUUGGAAGUCAAGUGUCCUUAUAAUAAGGGCAAGCCUGAGACAGGUUUGCCAUGGUCAACUAUGCCAUUCUAUUACAUGCCUCAAGUUCAAGGACAAAUGGAGAUUAUGGAUUUCGAUUGGGUUGAUUUGUAUUGUUGGACACCAAAUGGAAGCACCAUAUUUCGUGUCAUCAGGGAUCGUGGAUAUUGGGAUAUAAUACACGGGGUUCUUAGAGAGUUUUGGUGGGAAAACGUUGUUCCGGCGAGGGAAGCUUUGUUGUUGGGGUGCAAAGAAGAUGUGGAAUCAUAUAAGCCUGCAUCUACACACAAAUUGACUGGGUUAGCAAUUGCUAAAAGCAUCAAGUUAGCUAGUGAAUCGAAGCUAUUGUGCAGAGAAAUUGCAGGUCAUGUUGAAUUUUUUACCUGAUUCUAGUUUACAUGUUGUAAGUUAAGCAAUUGAAUUGAUUCAAAUAUUGUAAUCUGGUCCUAUUUUUGUACUGUGUUUGACACCCAUGUAUCUGUAGAAGAAGCAAUAUUUUUUAUGAAUGUAGACUUGGCCAAGUUAAAAAUGAGUUGAAUAUAAAGUAAUU